CUAAAAACGGUAUACCGGUCGAUAAUUUACACCAUCAUUUUGGCGCCGACCGUGGGACCCGAACAAAAAGCUCCAUUUUUGUUCGGCCAUCUUGCACAACCUAAAGAGUCAUAGUUGCAAAAAAAAGUAAAGGGAGACAGGCUUUGGAGUGUCAAAAAGAAAGAGGGAGAAAUUGCUAAAUUAUUGCUUUUGGAACACUGAACAUGUGUUUUGGUUCUGGAGGUUUGCAAAAAAAAGAGGCUAAAGAAAGAAAAGCUUAGCAAUUGAAGCCAAUGCGGUUGGAGCGGGCUAGAGUUGCUGCCCCCAUAAGAUCUCCCAGAAGUCGCCGCAACCUUCUCUCUCACAACUGGCGUAUAUCGCUGAAGCUGCCCUAGUCUCUCACCACCGCCGGAGCUAAGCGACCAUUACCUUUCCAAUUGGUUUUACAUUUGUCUGGGCCGAACUCUUUCCAGAUCUAGGACUGCAAAUCUACAAUAAUGAGGAGGAAAUUGGCCGAGAUUCCAUCUCUGUUCACGGCCGGCCAAGUUGNCCGCCGACCCGGAACGAUUCCGUGCCGUCAUCUCCGCUUACUACCGCGGCGCCUUCGACGCCCUCGUCAUCUAUGUCGUCCACUCUUUGUGCUGAGAUGUUCUCGCCGCUGCCCAAUUUCGCAGCCGUUGUUGCCGAGACUGGAUGGAAAAGUUGCCGGUCAUCUCCGGACUAACUCACCAUUGCUCCCACAUAUGGUUAGAGUUUCCAUACGGCUAAAAACUGCAAGGGAGCUAAUGAGUGACCACCAAAUUGCCGGAGUGGUUACCGCGGCUAAAGCUCUGGACUAAGCAACCUGUGACCAUCAUUGAAAUUGAAAUCUACCACUGCCCCUAUAAAACCAGCCGCCAUGUGCCGAGGAGUGAUCAUCUCAAUUACGCCGCUGAAGCCCUCCAUCACAAGCAACCGAAUUCCGUCGCAAAGUGGCGGCGGCCAAAUUCCAAUUAAAGUGAUGGUAAUGAAUUACAACAUUGAUGCCACUACGGGGAUGUGCCACCAUCACAUCUACACUUUCACUGCCAACACAUGCGGAGCCAAAGAGGUACAUGCCAAUGAAGAAUUGAAGAUUUGACAGAGUAAAGAUAGGCACCACGUGAAGAAUACAAUGAGCAAAGUCGUGGAUGGUGGGGUCCAUUCCCACUACAUUUUGAAAUACUCCAAUUGAAAAAAUCAAGGAAAUGUGUCCAU